UGAUAUAGUAGUAGUACCCUGUUCCUGUUGUUCACAUUAUAGCGUUUUUUAUAACCCCACUCCCUUGCCCGAUGCCGCCCCCCUUGUGCAUUUGCAAGUUUGAUGUUUCUGUAGUUUCCUACACUCUUAUGUAGUGCUGGUCACACAUCAUCUCUCGAUUCCUGUAAAGAACUGAUGUACGACUGUAAGCGAUUUAUUUGUUGGCAAGAAUAACACCCCCCCCUGCACCAGUUACAUUUUUGGUUCUGUGAAAAUGCCAACUUUCGCAAGAUCAACAAGAAGGUAGACACGAUCACAAACCUCAAGAUGUUGCAGAAGAAGACUAACAGCACCGCAUUCCUGUCGCUGAAGAGCAAUGCUACGGCUACCUCCACCGACCCAGAACGUCGCGGCACGACGACCGUGCCAAGCAGUGUUAGCUCCGGCCUGUCCUCGGUCGGCUCGCGGUUUUCCAUAGCCAGCAACAAGACCGAAGGAGGACAUCAAGCGGGCUCUUCUGGGCGAACGUCUUCUGAUACAACGGCUGGCGCAGCUGUUGUAGGUGUACAACAGCAUCACCAUCAUCAUAGGGACAAGUCCAAUGCUGCCUUGCAGAAGCAGCUUGAGCACUGCCUGCAAAUCUUCGAGUCGGUGGAGGAGCAGAAAGCGACGACCCAGUCCGCGCUGAGCGCCAAAAUGCUGCACGCUUUGAUGCUCUCGGAGGAGCAGCACGAGCGCGAACGGCGGGCGGGAAAGCACCCGGCAUUCGGGUCUCUGCAGAGUAAGGAGCCGGUAGUGCCACCACCUGGAGGAGGUGCAGCUCCAUCUUCCGGAAGAAGCUCGCCGAGGGGGGGAGUUGUAGUACCUACUACUGGAGUUGUUGUGGGCGCCGGUGGAGAUCAGAGCGCGGCAACCGCGACAAGUAGCGACCCCGACUUGCCGACAGGUCGUGGUCCCAGACCGAGACCGUCUGCCGCCGAAAACGCAGCGGGAUUCGCUUCCUUUUCUCCGCAGCUCGUCACGGUCCCGGGUUCUCUCGACCCGCACACAGCAGACGAAGACCAACAGCACCGCAACAAGAACAAGGGGGACGAAAUUACAGGUAGUAAAACAUCUUCAGCUACAGGAAGUAGAAAUAUUACCAGUAGUCCCUCCGCAACUACUACCUCCUCCUCCUAUCAGAAGCCUUUAGUAUCUGUAUCCCCACAAGCUGUAAGUAGUAAAUCCUCGCCUGCCACCUCGGGCACGACAACCAGCAGUCCCCGGCCCAGCAAAGGAGCCAUGACAGCUGCCCGGAGUGGGUCGUUCCAACAGCAGCGAAGCAAGAAGCAAAGCCUGCGCCAUGCGACGUCCUGGUACAACCAGUCACUGUUGCUGAAAAAGGACCACUUUGUCAAGCAGUGGGAGGAAACUUUUCCGGACUGCCCGAAAAUCACCCAUCCGCAGCAACAGCCCGGCAUGGGUGAGCAUUGGUCAUUUGUGACGGUCCGGGAGUUGAUCAACCACUUCCAGAAACUCCCGGAGCAACCCUUGCACCCGUAUUUUGUCAUGCGGCUGCUGUCCGACGCGGAAAGGCUGAUGACGAAGAAGCACAACAACGCGGUCUUCCAGCUCACAGACAAAAGUUUAUACUUCUCAGGAAGCGGUACAACUAGAGGUAGUGAAAAGAAAAAGUCAGGGAAUAAAGUGGAAACAACAGCAGGAGCUGCUGCAACUUCUGCAGCAGUUGCACUUGCAGCGGAAGUAAAUACUAAAGACAUAAAGCAAGAACCUUCCAAGUCCUCCGCCCCGACUUCGCGCCUGAUCAUCGUCGGCGACACGCACGGGCAAUUGGAGGAUGUGUUGUGGAUUUUCUACAAAAAUGGGCUUCCCUCGGCGGAAAAUCAGUACCUUUUUAACGGGGACAUCGCCGACCGCGGGUUUUACUCAAUCGAGAUUUUUCUGUUGGUGUUUUCGUUGAUGCUCAUCUUCCCCAACCACGUGCACAUCAACCGGGGCAACCACGAGGACGCGAACAUGAACAUGGACCCGCACAGCGGGGGCUUCUACGGGGAGUUGAUCGCGAAAUACGGGACGCAGCUCGGGCAGUCGAUCUACCACCAAAUGCUACGGAACUACGCGGUGAUGCCGCUGGCGACGUUGUUGAAAGAGUCGAAAAUUUUCAUCGUCCACGGGGGUUUGUCGCGGGUGACGGAUAAUUUCCUACAGACCCUCUUAACCUUGGACCGGCAAACCCGGUGCUGCUACGCGAUCCCGGAUACGCCGAGUCACAGCAAUCCGGAAACUUGCUUUUUAGAUGCGAUGUGGGCGGACCCGGCGCCGGACGAGGGGGACCGGUCCAUCGGAAUCUCGCCGUCGAGUCGGGGGCCGCAGCUGAUUCAGUUUGGAAAGGAUGUGACGAAAAAGUUUUUGAAGCAAUCCGACUGCAAACUCGUGAUCCGUUCGCACCAACUGCCCGACAACAACGAUGGUGUGCAAUUUCACCACGAUAGGAGGCUGAUCACCGUCUUUUCGGCUUCGAAUUAUUGUGGGAUCCACGGGAACCAGGGCGCCAUCUUGGUUCUGACCAGGCACGAGGAAGGGGGCCCGCAUUUGGAAGUCGAGCGGCAUUUUUCUCCGAGUUUUGAGCAAUUGAAAGAGGUGGAUUUCUUCGCCAGUUAUGGAGAAACAUAUGGAAAUGCCAUGGGAGCAGGAGCCGCAGCUAGUGCUCGUGAUUCAAAAAGAGCAGGAAUUACGAAAAGCUUGGUUCCGCAGGGGACCAUUGGACGAAUUGCGGUGGAGGACCGAGGAGCAGGAAGGGCGGACACAUCUGAAGAACUACAGGUAGUUGACGAGGAGGAGGGGGACCAAAAUAAAAAUACCAAAAAAUCUCCUGCUGCGGCAUCGGCUUCUGCUCCGGAAAAAUUGCUAUCCUCUUCCCCGCGCACCUCCGCUCUGGAAAUGGAAAAGAAGGCGAUGGCCAAACUGCGUAGCGGCGCUCUAGGUCGCCUCCGGAAGAAAAAGCUCACCUACGAGGUGAAAACCCGGUUUUCCAGGAUCCUGGUGGAAAACAAGCAAGCGCUCUGGAAAUACUGGCUCGCGAUCGAGCAUCAAGGGCAGCAACAGCAGCAGCAGCAUGGAGGACCACGACGAACUUCCACCAGUGACUUGUCUGACCGUUCGAGUGACAGUAUCCGGAACUCAAGUAGGCCCAGAAAAUCUAACACACCCGACGGAAUGAUCACGCAGCAGAGUUGGUCCGACGGAAUCGUCUCGAUCGCCGGUGCGCCGGAUAUGAAGGAGCUGCCCUGGGGAAAGCUGGUCUCGGAAGUGCUGGGGAUCGAGGACGAGCAUUCGCAUCUGAUCGACUACUAUUUCACGUUGCACAGAUUCCGGGUGGUAAUUAAAGAGGAACUAGAAGCGGAGCACGGCAGACGGAUCCAGGGUCGGAACAACAGGGGGAAUAAAAGAAGUGUGGUCUUUGCAGAAGGAGAGGCUGGCGCAGCAACAUCUUCAGAGCAGUACAAGAAGAUGUUGAACACAAAAUCUUCGAAGUCCUUCGACCCUCGCGGCACCAUAGAGCUCAUGGAGGUUGAUAGUCUUAUUUCUGGGUCUGAUCCGGUGGGUCCUGCUGCUGGUGACAGCACGCAGCUAUUAACGAAUCGUCGAGCAAUCAUAGCUCAAUCCACGACCUCCACAGGCGGAACUACACCAGCGCGCCAGCUUCCCGCUGCUGAAGGCGAACUUCCAGCUCUAUCUCGGGGCGUUUCGGAAGAUGAUACGGCAACCAACAUAGAAAUAAUUCCUCCCAAGAUGAACGUUCUCGACCCUACUGGCGCGGCGGGCGGGAACGUCGACCUGCGAUCCAGGUUAAACGCUUUCGACACCAUCCAGGACAAACGUGUUAUGGCAACGAAUGUCACGUUAAAGAAGAGAUCUACCGAGGACUUGGAGCGCAGCCGCAGGCUUAGCAGCGACGCGACAGCUAUAAUUUCCGGCACGGCUGCAGCGGUCGUGCUGAAGGACGUCGAUAGUAUUAUUCAAAAUGCCACAGACCACGCUCCUCCCGAGAACAACGAUAAUGAAACCAACUACAACAUCGGGGCGCUUUCUCUAGAAGCUCUGGAAGAGAAAGCUGGAGCUGCAGUACUAGGUCGCAAAACUGUGCCACAGAACCCCGCGCACGACGAGGCACAAAAGAGACCGGUCUUUCAGCAAACCUCGUCCAAUUGGAUGGAGGGGAUUCUGGCGAACAUUUUUGAGAAGCUGUUGCGGACGGAGGUCCCCUGGAUGGACUUGGUAGAACGGAUGAACAUCAAAAAAGAAUCCAGCAAUGCGUCUGCUGUUGGUGCUGGAAAUAAAAUUAAAGCGGAAGUGAACAAUAAGACCGAAGAUGGAAGCAGCGCAAAAAAUAACCCCGACGUUGAACAGCAAAACGAAAGCGAGACCCAAGCCGAUAGACGCACCAAAUUUGCCGAGCUGAUGGAAGAGCCAUUGGAUGUGAAGGUUUUUGAAAAGAUUCUGAUGUCUUUUAACGACCUUUUCGCGGACUACAGUGAAGACAAUUCGACUUCCACUACUUCUAGGAGGUCCAGAUCGAGCGAAUAUCAACUGCAAAAGUGUCCUCUGGGUCUGGAAGAUUGCCAGGUUUGUCAUGCAGGUUUUCUAUGGCUCAUAACGUUUAGAAUGCAGGAGCACCUAGCAUGACAAAGUCUGUGAGACCUCUAUCAUGUCCGUCCUUCAUGAGAAAUUCCCCCUCAGCUUGGUAAAAAAGGACGGCUGUUGGUAAUCACGCAACACAGAUUUUCUGCAUGAUGCAGAUUUAGGUUUAGCAUUACAAGUUGUGACCUUCCAGACCUAGACAUAUUUGCAUUUCAUAGCGAGACGCUGCUGACGAAAGACCAGGCGGCGAGUUUGAUCCGCACGUUGACAGGCUACGGGUCUUACAAUGCAGCUCCGAGUAAAGUAGAGCAACAGCAAGAACAAGAUGGCACUGGUACAACUAAAACUACGGCUCCUAAUAAAACCUCCGGCAAUAUCAAGAAGGGUAGUACCAAAGGAAAAGGCAAGCAACUACUGUCUCUCGCCGAAUUCCUUUCCCGGUUGGACAUUUGUUACAUAUCCUGUGCAAAAGUAUCGUACGCGUAUAAAUGCAAGUCUUGCAUUACAAAUAUUUUUCUUUGAGGUAAAUCAGCAUGACAAAUUUUAUUUCUCAUGCUGAGGAAAUUUGUAAUGCAUUUAUACGACUACGAUACUUUUGCAAUGCAUAUUACACGGGGUACAGCAAUCGUGUGCGACAGAACCAAAGACUUAGGGAGCAAUCGGACGAGGGGAAUACUAUCAAUGUCAACAAUGUCAACGCGGCAUUAAUCCGGGCCAGUAGCAACGAGAGCAGCGAGGAGAGUGAGUCGACACCCGAUAAUGUUUUUGCGAAGAAAAAGACCAGCACGACCGAGCGGACGUCGACCCAGUCCACACAAUCUGUUGACCGCUUUGAUUUCAACAAGUACGGCAGUACGACGGUCGCGAUCUGUUUGCGGAUGAUUGGCCGAGAUAUCGGGAAUAAGACGUUUGAACUCUUCAAGAACGCGGACAAGGAUCAAUCCGGAAUGCUGACCGAGAAGGAGUUUUUCGCGGUCACAGAACAGUUGUUACUCCCGCACGCGGAGUAUCUGCAACAGUACUUUUUGUCGGAUAAAAAAUUUAACUCGUCCACCUCGCCGGGCAACAAGAACACCUUCGCCCCGAUGCCGCGCACAACUACUUCAGAUGGAACAACAGCAGGUAUUGGUACAACCAAUGCCGCAAAUAAGAUUCCGGAUUCCCUUCUCCGGGAAAUUUUCAAGACGGUCGAUUUUAACAAAACGGGAAAAAUCAGCUAUUUGGAGUUUCUCCAUUGCUUCCAAGACCCAGACGGCGACUUCGGGUUUGAAAAGGUGACAAACGAGAAUGUUGACAGCAGUGUUACUAACACAGCCAAUGUCAAGCACGACGAGUUCCGCAUCGCCUUGAUGGAGCAGAUUUGCGGGGUGCUCUACACGAACAAACAGGCGCUACUCCGUAUGGAUGUGUCAGGAUCGAAAUCGUCAAAGUUGAAAUAGUUUGCCAUGCAUAAUAAAACCGAUACCAGUCAGAAGCCCACGUAUCAAGCGGCGCAUGACAAAUUUUGGCACCGUCUAAAUCCAAUUUGUCAUGCUGUUUAGGGACAGAGGGCGUCCUUUGUCAUGUUGCUUUAGCAGCUGUGUCGCAGACUCCAAACAGGCUGACAGUCGGCCUCACUUGCCAUCCCUGCAAGAGAAGCACUUCAUGCCUUGGAGUUUAUGCAUGAGAAAUCAUUUCAACUUUGUUGAUUUCAAACCUGACGCCUCCAUACUCCGGGUGUUCCAAUUUUUCGACGACAACCACGACCACCGGAUUACGUAUUGAGAGGAAAAAUCCCCCCUCCCCAUAUUGAAAAGGUAUGUCUCCGGAAAUUUGUGUUGCUGAUUUGAGGUCACAAAUCACAUCUGUCUUGCAAGAAGACAAGGGCAAAAGCUUCCGCCAUAUUAUCGAGGCGAUUUGUCAUGCCGUUGGGCCUAAAGGGAGGCCGUUUGCCAUGCUGAGCAACUAGACCCAUACGCCCCCAGCUAGCCGGCGGAUCUGGCCGCUAUGCCUUUCUGCAACGCAAAUCUGAUUUGUGUACCCAAAUCCAGCAUCAGAAAUUUCGUUUUGAUAUGGGGAGGGGGGAUUUUUCCUUUUGAUAUUACGCAGAUGGAGUUUGUGAAAGCCUUGAAGUGUCUAAACAUCGCGAUCAACCUCCGGGAUCCGCCGUUGACGAAGCAACAGAUCCAAAUGAUGGCAGACCACUGCGUUUUGGAUAAGGACGGGAGAAUCGACUACGUGCUGUUUCUGAACGCAUUGUGCAUCUGCGACAUGCAAACCGGAGAGAUUUUUGAUUAAGAAAGUACUUAAUAUACCUAUACGCAGACGCAUAGUUGUUAAGCUUAAGUACUUUACUUGCCAGAGCCAGUUCGGACUUUAUCUCCAUACUGAAAGUGAAGAUUUAUCUUUCCAUGAUCUUGAAUAUUUUUGAUUUUUUAUACAAGACUUACGGUUCUUACUAUGGUUCGACUUGGUCUGGCGCCUUUGUUGAACCAGUUAUGUUGGAGGACAUCGUGUAAGAAAGCCAGUUUUAUUCAGGUUGCUGCAUUGGAAUCGAAUCAAUCGAAGCAUAUGGAUUGCAAAAGUGUCUGGGUCUGGAACAAGAUUGUCACUUGUCGUGCUAUUAAAUACAAAUCAU